AUGGGAAAAAUCAUAGUUUAUGAGCAUGCUAACUUCCAGGGUAUGUCCAAAGAAUUCCACACCAACAUUGCCAACCUAAAAGAUGCAGAUUGGAACGAUUGUAUCUCCUCAGUGAGAGUAAUUGGCCAUCCUUGGGUGGCUUAUCAGCAUGCAGACUAUAAAGGACAGUUACUGGUACUUGAGGAGGGAGAUCAUGACUUCGUUGGUAAAAAGAUGAACGACAAGAUCAGCUCUCUGCAGCUGAUCACUGAAAAUCUGCACAAUCCCCAGAUCACUCUCUACGAACAUGCUGAUUAUCGAGGGAAGAGCAGAAUAAUAAGAGAAGCCACCAAUCUGUCCAGGGGACAUGACAACGACACCACAUCUUCACACAAAGUCCAGAAAGGUGUCUGGUUGCUGUGUGAGCACGGUGAUGGAAGUGGAUUUCAAUACAUUGCACGAGAGCACGAACACCUUCCAAAUUACAAGGCAAUCAAGUUCAAUGACAAGCUUUCCUUCCUGCGUCCCCUUCGCCCUGGCUGUGGCUGUUAG